AUGGCGACUCCGGUCCAGUUCAACAAUACCGCAACCUUGGUUUCUCACGCCUAUUAUCCACCUAACAUACUUCUACCACAAUAUGUGGACAAUGAAAGCUCUCCAGUUUGGUUAAUUGUUCAAUUCGGAUUUUUAUGGGUAUUCGUAUUGGUAGCAGCCUCUAUCACUAUAUCUCGUGUGCGACCGACUGCUAGUCAAUCAGAUAAGCUUGCUUUUGUUUGGAUGUGUUUGACGGGAUUUAUCCAUCUCUUUUUCGAAGCAUACUUUGUUAUACACAACAAAACACUCGCUGGCUCCCAAGAACUAUUCGGUCAGCUAUGGAAGGAGUAUUCUCUGUCUGAUUCUCGUUAUUUGACAUCCGAUGCGUUCCUAGUCAGCAUGGAGGCUGUUACUGCUUUCGCUUGGGGCCCUCUUGCCUUCUAUAUCGCAUAUUGCAUUGCAGUACAGCAUCCCGCACGUUAUGCUCUGCAGCUUCUGAUUUCUGUGGGUCAGGUGUAUGGCGAUAUUCUUUACUAUGCAACUAGCUUGCUUGAAAUCUCCUACUGUCGACCAGAAAGAUAUUACUUCUGGUUCUAUUACUUCUUCUUCAACUUCAUUUGGAUGGUUGUUGGUUGCUAUUAUGCGAAGCAGAGCAUUACGGAGAUAACGAAGGGUUUCAAGAAGCUUGCAGAAUUUGAAGUCUCAUCCAAGAAGAACGAGACUUGA